AUGUUUUGUGAAGCACAUUCCAGUAAAAGGGAUGAUGGAAAUGGAACAAAGGUUGCAGGGAGUUGCAGAUUUCUACCCGAAAGGUCAGAGUUAUCACCCAUAAAAUGCAUUAAACAUCUGGCUGAUAAGAUGAUAGCAGUUGUUCGUUUCAUUGGUGCUAGAAAGAGAAGUUGCAGAAAGGUUACAUCCUCUGGAACACCAAAACAACCCACGGUAGCUUCCAUUGAUUCUCAAAGAGCAGAAGCUAUUGAUGACUGCAUCGAGUUCAUCAACUCUAGUUCUUCCUUAACAAGGUCUAAUUCCGUUUGUUCUUAG